AUGUCUCCUCCUGUGUUCAUCUUCAUCAUUUCCAUGUUCAUUAAUCUGUCACACGGAAUGCAAAUGCCUUACAUGACCUCUGAUCCGAAAGAAAUCUCCGGCAAGUCAUUCGAUUACAUCGUUGUUGGAGGCGGAACCGCAGGAUGUUCUUUAGCCGCGACUCUGUCUGAAAAAUUCUCUGUUCUGGUCAUUGAACGCGGUGGCUCGCCUUAUGGAGAUCCAUUAGUAGAACAAAGAAAUCUCUUUGGAUACUCCCUCCUAAAAGCAGAUGAAUACUCAUCGGUCGCACAAAGUUUCACCUCUAGAGAUGGAAUCGAGAACUACAGAGGACGAGUUCUUGGUGGAUCGUCAGCUAUAAAUGGUGGAUUUUACAGCCGAGCCAGCGAAGAGUUUGUGAAGAAAGCUGGCUGGGACAAAGAUCUUGUUCAAGAUUCUUACAAAUGGGUUGAGUCUAAGGUUGUCUUCAUGCCGGAGCUGACUCAAUGGCAAUCCGUUGUGCACUUCGGGUUUCUUGAAGCAGGUUUUUAUCCCUACAACGGGUAUAGUUUGGAGCACACGCAAGGGACAAAGAUUGGUGGAAGCAUAUAUGAUACGUGUGGGAAAAGGCAUACAUCUGCAGAUCUUUUAGGGUUUGGUAAACCAAACCGCAUCACUGUUCUUCUAAACGCAACGGUGAGAAACGUGAUCUUUGAUGGUAAUAAGACUCGCGCGGUUGGAGUUAGGUUUAUGAAGAGUGAUGAGAGCUCAAGUAAGAGCUAUAAAGCUCAUGUUGAGAAGCAUAGAGGUGAGGUUAUACUAACGGCUGGAGCUUUAGGUAGUCCACAGAUUCUUCUCUUGAGUGGGAUUGGUUCUAAGAAACAUCUGAAGGAUUUCGACAUUCCUGUGACUGUCAAUCUCAGAGGAGUAGGAAGAAGAAUGUCGGAUAAUCCAGCAAUCUCUCUUCUUGUUGAUAGAUUCUCGCAAAACAGAACACUGGAGCCACCUCAAGUAGCAGCUAUAGCAGAAGACUACAAGUUCAUACUGGAAUCCGAGGUUCUUCCAACUGACAUUACCACAACAAGAAUCUCCAUAGCAGCGAAAAUCGCGUUCCCUAAAUCCAAAGGGAGGCUCAGGCUUAACAGCACUAACCCUAGAGAGAAUCCUUCAGUGAGAUUCAAUUACUUGGAGAGCGAGGAAGACAUGGAGGCAUGCUUAGAGAUGGUUCUGCAUCUUCAACACGUGGCGAGGUCAGAGACUGUGACGCUUUUCUUGGGGACACAAAGUCAGGAGAAGCUUUUGGGAGGUGAUGAAGAGCUUAAGAGCUUCUGUAAAGAGAAUGUGAGAACUUAUUAUCAUUACCAUGGAGGUUGCGUUGUGGGAUCUGUCGUGGACGAGGAUUACAAAGUGAGUGGUGUUAAACGAUUAAGAGUGGUUGAUGGUUCAACGUUUGAAGAAUCGCCAGGAACGAAUCCUAUGGCUACGGUUUUAAUGUUGGGAAGAUACCAAGGAAUCAAAAUACUCAGAGAACGAGAAACAGAGAAAGAAGAAGAAGAUGAGAGGCUUCUUACUCCACAAGGAAGUCCACAACCACAACCCUAA